GGUAAAGAACUGUCUCUGAGAUGGUGGUCCGGGAACAGACGGUAACGGAGUGAAUAGUCCAUGGCUGGGCUGGGCUGAGCGGGGUCCUUGUCCUGUAUGGUGGGGAGCACAGUUCCAAUGAUGUACUGGGCAGUCUUCUCACCCCUCUGAAGGGCCUUGCGGUCGUGAAUGGAGCAGUUUCUGUACCAAGCCGGGAUGCAGCCGGUCAGGAUGCUGUCAAUGUUGCUGCGGUAGAAUUAGGAGAGGACCCGGGGAAGCGUGCCGAUUUUCUUCAGCCACCUGAGAAAGUAGAGGCGCAGUUGCACCUUGACCAGGGCUGUGGUGUUGUCUGUCACUGUGAGGUUCUCUGUGAUGUGGGGGGUUCUCCUAUGCAGGGAGCAGCCGUUUCAGUCCAGCACUCUCACCAGUCCCAGGGGUGUUCUGAGGGGACGUCCAGAAGCCCCAGAAGGCAAUGAGGCCCAUGCUUCUGGUCAGCAGCUCGUUGGUCUCGGGGCAGAAGUGCAUGCCAACUCCAGAAGCAGGGCAGGUGGUUCUGUGAAACACGGUCAUGUCCUGGGGGGUCAGUGAAGACACACAGAGACAGAUCACUGUAGGCCCCCACCAGAAUACGCUGGUUCGGUACAAACACCAGGUGCUCUACCCGGUACUUCCUCUCCAUAGGGAUGCUCAAGUAGUGCAUCAGCUGGCCCUACCCAUAGUCUCAGCAGGUGACUCACUUUAUGCCUGAGCAGUGUUGGGAAAAGUACCCAAUUGUCAUACUUAAGUAAAAGUAGAGAACCUAAUAGAAAAUUACUAAAGUAAAUGUGAGUCACCCAGUAAAAUACUACUUGAGUAAAAGUCUAAAGGUAUUUGGUUUUAAGUGUCAAAAGUAAGUAUAAUUGCUAAAAUAUCAAAAGUAAAAGUAUAAAUCAUUUCAAAUUCCUUAUAUUAAGCAAACCAGAUGGCACCAUUUCAUUUAUGGAUAGCCAGGGGCACCCUCCAACUCUCAGACACCAUUUAUUAACAAAGCAUGUGUGUUUAGUGAGUCUGCCAGAUCAGAGACAGUAAAGAUGACCAGGGAUGUUAUUUUGUUCAGUGUGUGAAUUGGACCAUUUUCAUGUCCUGCUAAGCAUUCAAAAUGUAACGAGUACUUUGAGUGUCAGGGAAAAUGUAUGUAAAAAGUACAUUAUUUUCUUUAGGAAUGUAGUGAAGUAAAAGUUGUCAAAAAUAUAAACAGUAAAGUACAGAUACCCCCCAAAAACUAGUACUUUAAAGUAUUUUUACUUAAGUACUUUACACCACUGCCUGAGCAGGGUGUGUCCACACUAAAAUCCCACCACUGUGCCACCUCACCCAGAGAAAGUUGUGAGGCAAUGUAGGUAGUUAGGGGCACAGGUGUAUUCGAAAUGUGUACUUGGAGAUGCAUCCAAGUACAGUGGAGCUUCUUGCUCAUCUUUAGAUGAACCUAAAAAAAUAGGACUGAGAUUCCUGGCUCUUCUGCUCUUUCUCCUUUAGAAUUCAAAUGGAAUGGAUGUUUAACAAAAAACUGAAAUAUGUCCUCAAAUAUAUUUAAAUAUACAAUCCUUAGUUGCUACAUCCAUUUUUGGACUUAAAAAUGAAUGACAUACUGAACAAAAAUAUAAAUGCAACAUGUAAAGUGUUGCAUUUAAGAUACUAGAAAUGUUUCAUACGCAAAAAAAACCCAAAAGUUUUUGCAUUCAUUUGUUUACAUCCCUGUUAGUGAGCAUUUUCCUUUUCCAAGAUAAUCCAUCCACCUGACAGGUGUGGCAUAUCAAGAAGCUGAUUAAACAGCAUGAUCAUUACACAGGUCCACUUUGUGAUGGGGACAAUAAAAGACCACUCUAAAAUGUGCAGUUUUGUCAUACAACACAAUGACACAGAUGUAUCAAGUUUUGAGGGAGAGUGCAAUUGGCAUGCUGACUUCAGGAAUGCCUAUCAGAGCUGUUGCCAGAGAAUGUAAUGUUAAUUUCUCUACCAUAAGCCGCCUCCAAUGUCAUUUUAGAGAAUUUUGCAGUACAUCCAACCGGCCUCACAAACGCAGACCAUGUGUAACCACGCCAGCCCAGGACCUCCAAAUCCGGCUUCUUCACCUGCGGGAUCGUAUGAGACCAGUCACCUGGACAGCUGGUGAAGCUGAGGAGUAUUUCUGUCUGUAAUAAAGCCCUUUUGUGGGGAAAACUCAUUCUGAAUGGCUGGGCCUGGCUCCCAAGUGAGUAGGUCUAUGCCCUCCCAGGCCCACCCAUGGCUGCGUCCCUGCCCAGUCAUGUGAAAUCCAUAGAUUAGGGCCUAAUGAAUUUAUUUCAAUUGACUGAUUUCCUUAUAUGAACUGUAACUCAGUAAAAUCCUUGCAUGUUGCAUUUACAUUUUUGUUCUGUAUAUUUACCCAUUGAUUCUUGAAGAAUAUCACUUAUAAACGCCUCAUAAGCAUAGUCAAACUGUCAUACCCCAUCAGAACCCAAAAUGUAAGCUUGUUUUACUCUGUAAACAAUGUAAAUGUAAACAAACACUUUAUAGCCUCAAAACAUUGUUAAAACUAUAAUUUUUAUAUCAUGAAUGGGCAGUCCUUGUAUCCAAGGUCACAUUUCUCCAGGCCCAUCCCAUAGCUUUGUUACCAAAAUAGAGGUUGGGUGUCCACUUUGUUAUUGUUUCAACUAAGGACUCUAGCUUUAAGCUUUAAACUUUUUACCUGUAUGGUUUGUUUCAGUUGUGAUAUAAAGGUCUUCCAGUCUGGUAUAAUUAUUUUAAUUGAUCCAUCAGAGGAGGCUGGUGGGAUGAGCUAUAGGAGGACGGGCUCAUUCUAAUGCUGUAAUGGAAUAUUUGGAACGGAGUCAAAUGGGGUUUCUAGAUGUUUGAAUCCAUGCCAUUUAUUCCAUUCCAGCCAUUACAAUGAGCCCAUCCUCCUAUAGCGCAUUCCCACCAGCCUCCUCUUCAUCCCAUAUUUAUUGUAAUUUGAGCUCUCCCACGCAUAUCCUAAGCGACUAGUCACAUGCUUUCCCAUACAGAAUUAUGCUUUAUCCACUUUCCUUUUCAUGAAUUGAUACAUUUUACCGUGUCAUGAUGGUCAUACAGAAUCAUAGAAUCAUUGCGACAAAGAAUGUGUAAUUGGAAUGGUAUUGUUGUGGGUUUGAUAGCAUAGACAAUGGAUUGGUUUUGUGGAUUAGUGAAGUAAACUGGAUGGGAAGAGAGGAAGAAAAUUGAUGGACAUUGCAAAUUUAGGCAAUUAAAACAACUGACAGAUCUGUUUUAUAGCUCUGCGCCAACAAUCUUCUUUUUAAUUAAAUGGACUUCAUAGAAUUUGAUGCUACUAUAUGAAUUUAAAAUAUUUAUUUUAUUUUACAAUGACAGCCUACCCCAGCCAAACCCUCCCCUAACCCAGACAACACUGGGCCAAUUGUGUGCUGUCCUGUGGGACUCUCGAUUACAGCUUGUGAUAUACCCGGGGAUUGAACCAGGGUCUGUAGUGAUACCUCUAGCACUGAGAUGCAGUGCCUUAGACCGCUGCACCACUCGGGAGCCCACUCAGGAAUUAAUACAUGGUUUACUCAGCAAAUAUUUAGAGCCAAAAUAGCAUGUCAUGAAAUGUCAAAAAAUGAAACUCUACAGGAGCUUGUGUGACACACACACACACACACACAAAGAGCACUGUGAGCCCAUUGAGGAUAUGUGAACUGGCUCAUUGACACUUGGGAGAGGUAAGUAUUCCGUUUUUCCUCUACAAGUUAUACCCAGAUUUCUUUGGAAUGUGUUUUAGCAUGUGCAGGUGAGGGCUGACAAAUUGUCUGUUGUAUUUUGUUGCCUUGCAUUCAACCGCAGAUCAUCAGUGGUGACUGAUUACUGAUUAGUCUAUGUACUUGACAAGAUAGACUGAUUACAUAGUCUAUGUACUUGACAAAAUGGACUGAUUACAUAGUCUAUGUACUUGACAACAGGGGCUGAUUACAUAGUCUAUGUACUUGACAAAAUGGACUGAUUACAUAGUCUAUGUACUUGACAACAGGGACUGAUUACAUAGUCUAUGUACUUGACAACAGGGACUGAUUACAUAGUCUAAGUACUUGACAAAAGGGACUGAUUACAUAGUCUAAGUACUUGACAACAGGGACUGAUUACAUAGUCUAUGUACUUGACAAAAUGGACUGAUUACAUAGUCUAAGUACUUGACAACAGGGACUGAUUACAUAGUCUAAGUACUUGACAACAGGGACUGAUUACAUAGUCUAUGUACUUGACAAAAUGGACUGAUUACAUAGUCUAAGUACUUGACAAAAGGGACUGAUUACAUAGUCUAAGUACUUGACAACAGGGACUGAUUACAUAGUCUAAGUACUUGACAAAAUGGACUGAUUACAUAGUCUAUGUACUUGACAAAAUGGACUGAUUACAUAGUCUAAGUACUUGACAACAGGGACUGAUUACAUAGUCUAUGUACUUGACAAAAUGGACUGAUUACAUAGUCUAAGUACUUGACAAAAUGGACUGAUUACAUAGUCUAAGUACUUGACAACAGGGACUGAUUACAUAGUCUAAGUACUUGACAACAGGGACUGAUUACAUAGUCUAAGUACUUGACAACAGGGACUGAUUACAUAGUCUAAGUACUUGACAAAGGGGACUGAUUACAUAGUCUAUGUACUUGACAAAAUGGACUGAUUACAUAGUCUAAGUACUUGACAAAAGGGACUGAUUACAUAGUCUAUGUACUUGACAAAAGCUAUCCUACUGUUUUGUGAGUGGUCAUGAUUGAGGGAUGCUUUGGGGAAUUUUGCUGGUAGUCUUGACCACCUGCUAUUUGUUAUGUGCUGCUAUGAGGCCUGUGGGCACUAACCUGUGGGGGUUAGUCAAUACACUUUGCAACAAUAAAGUUUUACAACCUGUUCUCUAAAAAUGACCAGAAGAAUGGUCAUUGAUUUGGUUGAUACAUGCUUUGUGGUUGGGAUGUUAAAAUGGACUCAAGAAUAAUGGAUUGAUAUUAAUGCAAAAUACAAAGUUUUGCAUUAAAAAGCAAUUGGUGACCAUGUAUGAAGAAAUUCCUUAAACAUUGAUUUGUUCAAUCUGUGCUAUUCAGUGCAAUCCAGAGCUGUGAAUCCCAGUGCAGUACAAUGCAGCUUGGUGUGAACAAAGGGAGCACUGACUACACUCACAUGAACAAUCAGCCCUUUAUUCCUCAGGCCCAGAGCAUAUAGCCGUGCCUUUUCUAGGGUGGCUCUGGACAGCCCUUCCUCUCAUAUAGCAAAUGAGACGGCUAUAUGAGACUCCUAAAGACUGUACAAGUCUGGUCAUACAUUCCCCCAUAGGUGCUGUGGAACAUACCAACCAUUACCUCUGUCAAACACUCACUCUUUCUCAGUUGGAGGUGCUGUACUACCGCCACCCCCACCCAGCAGUGACUCUCUCCAUGAUGGCCUCCUAUAGCCCUACCCACAAGGGCUGGUUUGGUGAGAGGGGUGUUCACCAGGGGAUUGGGCUGGACAUCCUAUUCAGUGGCAGAGACUUUGACACAUCUAAUCUGUACUCCCAAAAUGGCACUCAACAACUUCAGGAGGCCAAGUCCCAUUAUGCCUGUCCCAGGGCCCCCCAGAGGUCCCUGCAUGGCUGGGGCACAUACAGCCCCCCUCCACAGAGACCCAGCACUGGGAGCAGAGGGGGGACCAACCAGUGCCAGGGCUACUACGCCCACACCCUGCCCUUGCCCCACAGAGCACUGCCUGUCUUCAGACCCUGUGUCUGCAGAAGCCCCCAGGGAUAUAACACUACCACAGUGGACAAACCUUGCAUGCUUAGAGCCACUAUUACAUCCAGCCCCUCGGAUUCCAACCACCCUGUCCAGGACCAGAGCCAGCAACACAGACCAAACCAGCAGCAGGUCAUCAAGCAGCAGCAUCAGCCAAGUCUCAGUCAAAAGCCUGUCUACCAGCCAAGCCUCAGUCCCACUCCAAUCUAUAGGAGACUCACAACCUGGCAGCUCAAGGACAACACUAAUACAGACAACACCAUCAAGACUAACAGCCCUCACAGUAACAGAAUCAGGAGACAGGUGGACAUGACAUCCCAGAACGUGUUUGGUCAGCCGCGUGUCCUGGCCUCUCUGCGCUGCCCGCCCUCUCCACGACAGACCCACAAGACAACUAACCUAGAGGAGGAACUGAGGCUCAUCAUACUGGACACAGAGGACUCAGAGAGGGAUGCAUCCUGCCGUCAUAGCCUCUCUUCAGAGAUCAGCCUCGGCAGUGGUCCCCUGGAUUCCAGUCUGGCAUGUUCCCCAGUCUCUGACUGCCCAGAGCUGGAGGGGCUAGAAGACCUGUCUGCCUCUGAGCUGUCCCUGACAGAGGGCUGGGACCCUGGGCACAUCCCCCUACUGGACCCUGCCUGGGGCCUGGAGUGGAGCAACCUUGUCAAUGCUGCCAAGGCCUAUGAAGCAAAGAGGACAGUGGAGCCCAUUCCUCCCAGCAAGUCCAAGAAGCAUGGAUCAGAGGGUGGACCUGCUGCUUGCCCACCUAAUCAUUACCCUCCUCAGGGCUACAAUGCCCAGCCCACAUUAAGAAGUGAAGUGCCCAGUGAUCUGUCAAGACUUCACCACCUGGAGGCGCUGCUGAGACACUUGGAGAGCAACCUGGAGAAGGAAAGGGAGGAUAAAGUAGCCCUGAUGGAGGAAGUGACAAUUCUGAGAGAGACCAACCAGCGCCUGUGGGAGGAGUCUCUUUCAUCCAACGAACAACUCUGUAAACUCAGUCUGUUGUGGCCCCAGGAAUGAUGCCUAGAGAGAGAGAAUGACCAGUGACACUAAGAGGAGAGAGAGAGAGAUGAUUUGAAAAGAGGAGUAGAGGAAAAAAUGGUUUCAAAAAAGAUAGUACCUUGAAACAGAGUUUUCAAAUGUAAAUUGUUUUCAAAAUGUGAUCAGAGAAAGAGGACAGAUCACGGCGAGUUACCAGAGUUUGUUGUAGAGGUUACUUAUGCUGGGACAGUGACAUGUACAAGCUGGCUAGAUGCUUGAGUUGUUAGCCAGUUCAGUUGUACACAGUUGGUACGUUUUAACUCCAUGACAUUGUAAUAUUUCAGUUGUGUAAUCCUCAUGUUCUCUCGCCUCUCCUGCUUGUCAAAACCCAUUGGAUGAGAAAACCAGAGGUCCAUCCCCUCUGACCUUCUCCACCAAUGGGUACAAUAAAAUAUUUAAGAAGGCACUGCUGAGAUUUGAACUCAGGAUCUCUUGUUUACUAGACAGGUUCUUUAACCAACUAAGCCACAGCACCCAUAGCUGUAAUUUCUGUUGGGUAUGAAAACCCACAACUAUUUUGAAUCAACCCAGUCAUGUUCAUUUAACCCAUAACUCUGUCUAUCAAAAUUACAUGUAAAAAAAAAACAGAUGUAAUUUCCUAAUAUUGGAAUCGAUACGGACACCUUAAAUUGACUAGCAAAAGGGUUUCUUAAACUAUGGUUUGGGAACAAAAGUGGGCCCUGAGCAUGUGAGAGGUUGGUCGCGAGUUAUGAGUAAACAUUUAGAAACAUACACUAUUUCUUCUUCAUUUGGGUUGUUCGAGGACAGUACAUUUCACAUUUGGGUCUUGAUUUAAAAAAAUCAUAAGAACCUUUGAAAUAGCAGAUGAAUCAGUUUGUGUAAGUCAUUAAGCUACCAUGAGCUGGGGGACUUUUUCAAAUGGCAGUUUCCAAAGUAAGUUUAAACUCAUUCAAAGUUAGGGCCUUUCGCCAUGACAUUCUGCAUAGCAAUGCCGUGACUGGGAUUCGAACCAGGAUUUCCGAGGCCACAACGCAGAGUACUGACCACUAUAAGAUCACGGCGAGCUACAAGAGUUUGCUUGUAGGGGAUAUUUAUGCUGGGACGGUGACGUGUACAAGCUGGCUAAAUGCUUGAGUUGUUUGCAGGUUCAACUUUACACAGUUGGAACGUUUUAACUCUUGAUGACAUUGGAAUAUCCCAAUCGCAUAUUCCUCACGUCCUCUCCCCUCGCCUACUUGUCAAAACCCAUUGGAUGAGAAAACCAGAGAUCCCUCCCCUCUGAUGUUCUCCACCAAUGGGUAAAAAGAAAUGCACGAAAACGCACUGCUGGGAUUUGAACUCAGGAUCUCCUGUUUACUAGACCAGCUAAAUCACAGCCCCCACGCGGCGGAGAUAGACGUAAUUUCUAUCGCGGGUAUGAAAAUCUGUCUAAUUUGAAUCAAAUCAGUCUCAUUCAUUUAACCCAUUUCUCUGUCUAGCGAAAUAACAUGUCACAAAACAGAUGUAAUUUCAUAGUAUUGGAAUCGAUACACCUUGAAUUGACUAGCAACAGGGUUUCUUAAACUAUGGUUUGGUACCUAAAGUGGGCCCCGAGCAUAAGAGUUGGGUCGCAAGUUAUGAAUAAACAUUUAUCACACACUA